UGGAAGAUUUUACCUGAGGUAACUAUCUCUUCGAUCAUCAUAAAUGCCAUAUUUGAGGAAUCUAUCACCAUUUUCUUUUUUAUUUCUUGUAUUUUUCGUGAAAUAUCCUUUCUUGCCUUGGAAAAUGUUUUAAUUCUCAAUAGGUAUGCAAUCAAGUAUUUCUAAGUACUUUGACCAAAACAUCGGGUCUCCCAUGAACAGAGACAUUGAUUGACUUCGAGACUGUGACUCUUCAAACAGAUCAAGUCAAAGGAACAAAUCUAACACUACCUCAUAUCGCUCUAACAAAUUAGGGCGCUUCGACUUUGAAAAUCUAUCUUCAGACAGAUUCAAGAUUAAGCUGCCUCCUAGGAUAGAUAAACCCCCGCUGCACAGGAAGAAAUCUGAGAAAUAAAUACUUCAAAUCAAGAUUUGGUGCAAAGAAGAAGCCAAAAUUAAGCCAGAGUCAUAAGAGUGAGGUCUCCACUCCUAUCAUACACAAAGGGUGUAAAGUCCCGCUCAAGUUGAAACAUACGGAGUUUAAAUUUAAGGGCCAGCAGACAGUUAUCCUUCAAUCUCUAAAAGCUCUAAUUACACAACAGAAAUAAGGAAAAAAAAGAACGUCAUGAGAAAGCAUUCAAGAAAUUAAAAGUGCUUAAUAAUAUAAGCAAGAAGACCCUUAAGGCCUCACAGUCAGGCUAUGGGAUACCAGAACAGAAGCAUACGAAGUUGAAGCUAGUGAGACCUCCUCUCAGGUUGUCCAGAAAUACAGCAAAUUUAAGGAAAAAAGACCUUGAGAAAAAGACAACAAAUAGUGGAGCAAAAGUUAAGAAAAUGACCAGCAGUUCAUUAGAUAAGCUCAAUGUCAGAGAGCACUUAAAACCUCCUUUAAUGUAUAAUUCCUUGAAAAAUUCCAGAUUUGCUCAUCUACAACCUCAGAAGAAGAGUACAAUAAGCAGGUACGAAUUCCUCAAAAGAGAGUGGAGCCCUUCAACUGAGUACAAAUCAAUUCUAAUAGCAGGGCUUCCUUAACUAUUGGAACAAGUG